AUGCGAUUCAUCAACUAUCUUCAACCAAGCUCGGGCGCUGCUGCUUCCUCCGCGGUGGUGGUCGCGGGAGAUGCCGAUCGCCUGCAAACCCCCACGGCGGCCUUCAGUAAUGCCCCUCCCGGCUCUACCGAGGGCGAUGUUCCGAUCGGGGCGGCAGCCAGCUUGGCCAUGAACAUCAACCUGGUCCCUGAUUCCGACUCUAGCCUUGGUAACAUGCCCGACGUCGCUGAUGAGGAAGCCGACCUUAUGUGCAUGACAUGCACCACCCCCACCUGCAUGUGUGCCUUCGAGGACAAGAAGAGAGCCAUAUUUGCUAAGAUCGAUGCCAUCAUUGCCCAGAUCGUCCCCAUGAAAGGCCGGGAUGAUGGCACGGCCACGAAAGCCCAGGUCGUUGCUGCUGUGGGCGGUCUGGCUACGCAGAUCUAUCAUCUAGCUGUCGAAUACCUCAACACCUCAGUCAAGGGGGCUGCCAUGGUUUCCCAGCUGGGCGCCCUGCAAGCCGAGCUUGGUGUCAUGCCGGUGUUUGGAAACAUGAGUGAGCGGCUGCGCGGGGGAAACGGUAGUCAUUCUCAAAUCAUGGGGGAACUGGCGCGUUCUAGCGAUGCUUACCGCUUCUACCUCAAGCGAAAGUAUUAUGGCGCUCCCUUUAGUUACCGUUCCGCUGCUGCCAAGCCGGAGUAG